CACAUUUCAGGAGCAAGUACUACGCCACAUUACCGACCACGCUGCCGCAUAAUAUCAGGCAUCUGUACAAAAUUCGAGGUAGGAACCAGAGAAGGGAGAGCAGGCCCAUACAACGUCCAGGGAGUGGGAUCGAAACCGUAGCGAGACUUCAGCGGAAAUAGAAAGAAGCCGCCGCCGUCAAAGCCGCCUAAAGAUUAAUUGAACGUGUGACCGUGAAGGAUAUAAAAGAAGAAAAAGACAAGAUGCCCAACGACACGGUUAUUAAGGUGCAGGAAUACAAGAAUACCUUGAUCCAAAAGGCGGAGCUGCUUAUUACCAAGCGCUUUCCGGAGAAGAUCGUUUCGCUGAACGAACUGCUGGCCACGCCAAUGUUCAAUGAGCGCAACUUCGAUGAGGUGCAUCAGGACCUGAACAUCCCGGCCCUGCCGCCAGUGCUGGUGAAGCAGGAGACCGCCACCGAGGAUGGUGAUCAUCCGCCAACAAAGCGUGCUCGCAACGAUGUUCUGAUUAGUGGAGUGCCGGUUCUGGCGCUGCCAUCGGGCACGGUGCCGUGCAACAAGCCGCUGUGCGAUAUGAUCAAGGUGGUCAAGCCCAUCAUCCGUAAACUGGUGGAGGAUUCCAACUUGCUGAAGAUGUGGAUCUCGUUCAUGAUUCCCAAGAUCGAGGAUGGCAACAACUUUGGUGUAUCCAUUCAGGAGGAUACCCUGGCCGAAAUCCAAACUGUUGAGUCGGAGGCAGCCGCCUUCUUUGAUCAAAUCUCGCGCUACUUCCUAUCGCGCGCCAAGGUCGUGUCCAAGGUGGCCAAAUAUCCGCACAUUGAUGAUUAUCGCCGUGCCGUCGUCGAGCUGGACGAGAAGGAGUACCUCAGCCUGUGGCUCGUAGUCUGCGAGGUGCGCAAUCGUUACUCAUCGCUCCACGACACAGUGAUGAAGAACCUGGAGAAGCUGAAGAAGCCGCGCUCCUCCAACGCCGAGAGCCUCUACUAGGUACCACAUCGUGCCUCUCCAUCUUCUACACUUCUAUUUUUUUUGCCCCCACUCUCUAUCACACACUCAUAAUCCACGGAAUCCUCCUACACCCUUCUU